AUGAAGGUUAUUUUUUCUUUGGCUUGCCUGAGUCAGGCAAUCUUCGCGCAGAAGAUUGACACCAGCAGCCCUGUCACAGUAUCUCCGCCGGAGACAAAGCCCAAUGCCGCGGUGGGCGUUCCCAAAGACUUCGUGGGCUUUGGUAUGGAGUCAGCAUUCGUCAAUAACUUUGACAAUGAUUUCUCGUCGAACCUCGUUUCUGCUUUAGCCCAUCGAAUGGGAGCUGCGCCCAUUCUUCGCUUUGGAGGUACCAGUGGAGACUAUUUCACAUUUAACCCCAACCAGAAAGAAGCUCGAACAUGCAAGAAAGGGCCUUGCAACAGCAGCAAAGGUACUUUUGUCCUUGGCCCAAGUUUUUUCAACGUAUACGGACGUUUCAAAGAUGCCAAGAUCGCGAUUCAGGCACCUCUCGAGAACCCAAUUAAUACAACAAACACUCUCGAGUUUGUUUCCCGAGCGUGGAGCAAGCUUGACAAUGGAAAACGAGCCGCCGCAAUUGCUCUCGGCAACGAAGUAGAAUUUAUCUACAAGGAUGGUGCAAAGUCCUACGUAGAUGCUGCGCUGAAGCUUCAGGGCAGCAUCAUUAAGAACCUGAGCUUAACGCAUGAGUCGUCAAAAAUAUUUGAAGCCGGAAACAUUGCAAGCGGAAGUAUCACAGGCAACAAAGGCUACCAAAUCGACGACGUUUUGAAGGCCGGAAUUAAUAAAAACGGGCUCAUCUCAGUCACAGCUGAGCAUUGGUAUCAGGUAUCGGGGACACAUCCAUGGACAGAUGACACAAUGCAACGCCUUAUGACAAACCACUCGGCCAUUACUGAGAGAUUCAAGGUGUAUGCUCCCAACUUGAAGGCAUCUCAAAGUAAGAACAUUCCAUACGCCAUCGAUGAGGAUGCCGCUGUUCUUGGUGGCGCACCAAUUACGUUCGCUGGAGGUUUUGGCUUCACUCUUUGGUCAGUAGACUUCAACUUGGUGGCCAUGUCCAGAGGAGUGGCUCGCGUAUCAAAUCUCGCGGCCAGACCGAGUGCAGAUCGCGCUUUCUGGUGCCCAGAUAACUCUGGUGGACCGAACAGUCCUGGUCCUCAAGUUCGCGCUCCCUAUCCGGCAGCCAUUUUUGUUGCCGAUUUCAUUGGCAAAGGCAACGUCGCUGUCACAGAGAUUGAUACAAAACGUGAUCUUUUGAGCGCAUAUGCUGCUUACGACAGCGGGUCAAAGAAGCUUCAACGGGUCGCUCUCGUUAACAUGAGAUUGUACAAUGGAACAAAGGCGGAUAAAAGAGGCAAAGAAACCUUCAAAGUUCAGGUUGGAAAAGGAAUACAGAGUGUCAAGGUUCAACGACUCCACGCCGAGAGGGGGGUAGGAGCCAUGGGAUACGACUUUGGAGGACCAAACAGCAACGUGUCUUGGGCUGGUGAACAAUGGAGUCACUCUCUCGAUCAAGGAAAAGGUCAUUACACAACUGGCAAGGUGGAAGAAAGCACUGUCAAGGUUACCAAUGGUGUUGCUUCUGUGGAUAUACCCGAUAGCGAAGCUGUGAUGGUUUUUGUGCAGUAG